AUGUCACAUCCAAUGAUCAAUGGGCUAUGUGUCGCUGUGGACGCAGCCGCCAAUGGUGUUACGAGCUCCGGCGACAAAGUAGUGGAUAUCAGUAAAAUAUUGCGUCGACAUGAGGUUGUGUUCCUGGAGUGUGCAGAGGAAGCUCCAAAGCUGCUGCUCCUGGCCGACUCUGUCAAGAGUCUCCUGUCAGUUUCAGGGCUGGUCAAAAGCAUCCAUAACAACAUGGCCCCUGAAUCAUUGCGUCUGAAAGGGGAACAUGACAGUAUUCUGGCGUCGAUGUCUAAGGCAGUCGAGGAGACCCAGCGCGAGAUAGGUUGCCUCAAAGAGGUCGUCGAGGCUAAUGCUACCACUAUUAAGUCGAUAUCGAAUACUAUCAACGAGAAACUUACGCCGAUGUUAAGCGCCAUCUCUGACACCCAGGAAAAUAUGAACCCUCUCAAGACGGACAUCGAGCGCUCCAUCAAUGAAGGUAACCAGAAAGGGGUGGGAAGUCUCGAAGAGGCAGUCAAGGGCGGCACCAGUAUCGAGCGUGAGAUUGCCAAGACUGCUGUUGAUCAGGCUGUCAGUAGUACUCUCGGUACUAUUGAGAACCGCUUUGUCUCCGCUGUCAAGAACGCUGUGAGCACAGUUCAGGUAUCUAUCACUCACAACGGUGAUAGAGAUGACAAUGGGAAUGACAUUGCCAUGGAUGAAAUAUUGAAUGGGCUUGCAUUGCUAAGCUGACACAUGUUCUAUACGUCAAUUCAUGACUUGCCAGGUUUUGAAUUUGUGUUGCAAGUCUAUUUAGUUAGUGCUGAUGAUGUGACUACCUUAUUUACCAAGGAGUCAGUGAAUGCUGGCAUGUAUGCAUAUCUCGGUAUGUUUUUCAGGGAAAUGCAACCUAUUGCGUGAUAUCUAAUAAACUGAUAGGCUUCACUCUGGGCUCGGGUGGCAAAUAG